GUGGCGGGCCGCUGGCGCGCAGAAUCGCGCGGGCGAGACAGGUGCCAAGUGAAUCGUCCGUCUCGUGGCUGUGCGGCGAUGCCGCGGCUCCGCAAGCUCCGUAGCUUGCCGGUCCUGCCGCUCGCUUAUCUCUUCUCCAGCGCCCAGGUCUCGGCAAAGCUCUGCGAUGGAGGUCACGUGUGCAGCUUCCCCAAGGAGUGUUGCAGCCUCGGCUGUUGCAGCUACUCAGCGUUUCCCCAGAUUGGCAGUUCCGCCGUGAGCAUGUUCAAGUUCGUCUUCUUCUACUAUUGGUACUUGUGGAUCGCGGUGCUGGCGGGUCUGCUGAUAUCGUGCGGCUGCGCCUGCUGGCUGUGUCGCAGGCGACAGGCGUACAUGAUGGAGGAGGGCACCAUCUCCGAUCGCGCCUCCACGGGCUCGUGCUACCUGCCACCGCACUACAGCCGCUGCAGCUCCGUCGGGCAGGCAAUGCCGCCACCCUACAAUGAGGUGACAGCCAAGCCCGACCUGUAUCCACUGGUGAUCGGUUACGACGAUGGCUUCGGCAAAGGCGCCUCGGGUCUGGUGAUGCGUUACUUCAGGACGCUGUCGCACGCGAGCACUCUGGACUCGUUGAGCUCGAGCUUCAUGUGCAACGUGGUCAACGAUGCCAACACCAUCAUCCCGCCGCCUUACUCCUGCAACAACAGCAUUGACGAACUGUCGACUGCCGGCACUGGUGGCGGCAGCACGUUGGGCGAAGCCGUGGGUGGAGCACGCGAGCGACCAACGAACUUCGGCGAAGGUUCCCUCGGUUCGCUGGCGAAUCAUCGCACCACCUCGGACGUAUCCAGUCUCGCGGCUCAGUCGCCGCUGUCGCCGCCUAGAGCGACCAGCCCAACGAUAGAGCUUCGCGAGCUCCUGGACAAGAUCCAACAGCUGCCGGACCUGCCGCCCGCUCAGCAGAACCGACCGCAAGCUCUGUUCUCUUUGGGCCUGAGUCAGCGCUCGAGUAGUCCGUCGACCGACGAACCGCCGACGCAGCAGUCGGCCAACAGUGCCCGGACGAAGCGCACGCGUGGCAAGACCUACAUCUCGGUGGGAGCGGGUCUGCCGACGCGCAACACGCGGUCGUGGCUGUCGCGCUCGGCGCCCACCACGCCGUCGGGAACCAGCGGCCCCUCGACGUUCCACCACUUGCACCACCAGUACCACCAGUAUCAUCGGGACAGCGACGCGGCCAACAGGCAGCAAGCUGUGCCGCUGCUGCUGGCCGAGCAGGAUGAGAACGCGCCAGAAAUUGUCUGAGGGUUCUGUGUCGUUUGGGCUAGACGCGGUUACGAGCGAUGAGCGACGCCGUCGCCGUAUGCUGCUGUCUGCCUCGCUCCCCGAGCUCGCGUCUAGCGCGCGACAUUCAGCCCGCGCAUGAUUGCGAUAUCUGACCACCGGCGUUGCCGAGGAGGCUUCGCUCGUCGAUCCAUGCCGGCAUAUCGAUCACUUCCGCUUUGUGAAUUUUCAGUUCGCACAGCAAUUUCAUGCUUCGCGACAGUCCGUGUAUGCGUGCUCUCGACCACGAUUCUUCUCCAUGGACAGGCCGGCGCGGUAGUGUGGAUUGUCCUCGGGCGCAAUGCCGACAAAUACCUCGCUGGAUUUAGUCCCUCGAGUGUGAGAUUGAGUGUGUUGUUCAGUCUCCCCACAGCCAACUGUAGAUUUUUACGAGGACUUCUUUUUUUUCUUUUUUUUUUUAAUAUCGACAAGUCAUUGCUGUACGCUCGCCGCGUCCAUCCGAUGACGAACGGGCCGAUUGUUCUUUAGCUUUCGGCACCAAGGUACACAAAGCACGUUUCGUUUGCGCGUAGUUUUAAGAGGACGUAUUACAAAAAUGCCGAAUUCCGUAGCAAUCGCAGUCCCAUUGGAAGGCUGCUGCCGAACCACUGGAACGCGCGGUCAAACAUGAAAUUGCGUCAUAGGUAGUCGAUUAAUUUGAGCACAACGCGUUCACACGGGGAAAAGAAAUAUAUUUCUAACGAGAGAGUGAGAUAUUUUUCGCGCGACAGCUAGACAAAGGAUCAUUCGUGUUUCGAUAAAACGACGACGCGAGCAGUAAACGCAAAAGAUUCAACCGAGGUCUCUCGCGAAUACCGCCAACAUAAGCGGGUCGUCGCACAAGUGUACAUAAUAAUGACUCGUAGGCAAAACGAAGUGUUUGUUCGAUUAUUGGGUUAUUGGGUUAUUCGGCAAAAAGAAGCAGCGCAUAUCUAAUUGUGAAUUACCCAUGCGAGUAAGUCGAGCAUAUUGGCGUCGUUGAUAAAAAAUAAACUGAGGAACAACGAACGAUAGGCUUCAUCAUAUAUCUACCGGAGCAUCGAACAAAAACGCUUGAUCACCUUAUGUUUUUUUAUUUCCUGUCGAAGACUCUGAAACUGUUGCUUUUAUGUAACUCCGUUGUAUUUGCGACGACAACGAUGAUCGUGGCGUGAUUGUGCGAUUGGAUUCGUCUCGUUUUUCGCGCGUAAAAACCAAGAUUUUUACAUAAUAUCUUCUUCCCUAUUCAGCUACAUUUCAAGUCUGUAUUGAAUUGUUAAUCCGACUAUGUAACUUGUCUGCGUUCGUUGAAAAACAGUUCGCGCUAUGCCGACAUAUGUAUUGAUCCACGUCAUUUUCUAUCCGCGUUAUUUACUCUAAUUGUUGUUCGGAGAAAUGCACUGGUCCAUAGUGACAAUUAGCGAAAGCUUGGUGGAUCAGUUCAUUAUCGAAUGUGAGUUCUUCACGCAUUUCAACGAGAUACUGGACCAGAGUGUUUUUCUGCUUUUAUUCGAUAAGAGCAGCGCAAUAAGCGAUAUUCUGUCACGUGGAAACAAAUGUUCGGUAGAAAAAAAAAUUGUUCAUAUAAUCGUAUAGGAUAUAAGCGUAACGAGGUGGAGUUGAUUGCUCGAAUAUAUCACUUUUUAAAAUGCACAGACACAAAGACACAUCCACACUACUGCAGAUUCACCCAAUAUGCCGUAACUGAUGUAUACUCGAUAAGCCGUCGACAAACUAGCGCAAGAACCCUAAUAAUAAACGUUGCGACAGAACUCUUUUGCGCGAGGUUCGGAAACAAAAACAAAAUAACGGUCCAUCCAUUGAGCAGCCACCCAGCCGUUCGAGGACAAAUAAACUUAUAGAUUUCUAGUCGUAUACAAAAGAAGAGGGGGACGACAAAUAGUAGAGGCAGGAAACAAAGGAAACUAGGUUUUUAAACAAAAUGAAAAAGUGAGCAUGCGUGACAUGCCGAUCAAAAGUCACGUCGCGGCGAUUUUAAAACGUGGGCAAAGCAAUUUUUAAUAGUCGAGCAUCAUCGCGCGAGAUGUGAGUAAUGAAAAGGCGAUAGGCGACGCGCGCGCGCCAACCCCACGCGUUUUUGCAGGUUUAGUAUUUGUAUAAUUAAUCCGCACUGCAAAUGAUGAAGCGAACGCACGCUAGAAAAUCCGAGAAGCGUUCGGUACGAUGUGCGAGCAAGGGCAUCGCCCGUGAAAUAGUCAGCAGCAUUUUAUUGUGACAUUUCCUUUGCGUUGUCGGUGCAAUAGUCGUUAGUCGAGAGCUCUUGUGCUGCGAUUCCAUUGGAUUUUAAAACGAACCAGCUGACGAUUGAUUGGGCCUAGUACAUCAUUUUUGUGUGUCUUUUUUUCAUUUAUUUGCCUCCAUAGAGUGUAAGUUUUUUGUCGCAAUAACUGAGUUUAUUUUAAUGGUUACACUGUUUUUUAUGAAAUAGCUCAACUUAGUGACAGUACUAUAAGCAAUUUAUUGUACACUCGAUGCACGAAAGAAGUAGCGCACAAGAAUUUUUAUUCAGGCCGGCGUACUCGUUUUAAAGUUCAAAUGAACUUGAAACUUUCGUUGGAAAAACAAUCGAAUCGCAUUGAGCUUUGAUAAUAAACAGAAUAACAGAAUAAAAAAAAUGAAAAAGAAAACACGAUUAAUACAUAAUUGUUGAAAGAUGCAGAAUUCAAGAUUCAUGGUACUACGCACGUCAUCGUGUACUAGCAUGUAUUUUUUUAUAACACGAGUAAAAAAAUGAAUAAAA